GAAUUUUAUUUAAUUCUGUUUUAUUAUUCACACAAGGGUUUUGCGUUUUUCUUAUUCUACGUUAUUCGAUUCCCAAUUCUAUCUCAAAAAUUUAGGGUUUCACUUUCAAAAUCGAUUUCAAUCAAAUUUUCCGAUCCACAAAGAAAUUUAGGGUUUCUAUUCAUUCCAUUAACAAUGCCUCCAAAGACGCCAAAGAGAGGUUCAGCGGGUAGUGGUUCAAAGAGGGGUGGCAGAUUAUCGAGAGGAACUGCGAAAUCUGCGCAGAAUCAACAACAGCAGCAAUCUGAACUUGUUGAAGAGAAGACGGUGAUUGAGGAAGAGAUCAAGGUUGAAGAGAAUCUUGUUGUCGAGGAAAAGCCUGUGGUGGAAGAAGAUAAUCCUGUUGUUGAAGAUAAAGCUAUUGAUAUGAAUCAAAUUGCUCCUGAGGCUGUAGAAGAUGCUAAUUCUGCGAAAAAAGAUGAAGAGGAGGUUAAGGAGUCUAUAGAUGAAUAUGAGAGAGACGAGCGUCUAGAUUUGGAGGAUAAUGAUCCUGAGUAUGAACCUGAGGAGUAUGGUGGGGUUGACUAUGAUGAGAAGGAAAUUGAACAGGAAGAGGGACAUGAGGUGGGAGAUGAAGUUGAGGAAGAACCUGAAGAAAAUGUUGUUGAAGAAGGUGAUUCAGGUGAGGAAGAAGUCGAAGAUGGUCAUGAUGAAAUUGAGGGAGAAGAGGAUGACGAGCAUGCUGAUGAGGAGCAUGACCGUGAGCGUGCGGAGAUGGCUGAUGUGGAUGAAGAGGAACAUCGUGAAGUUGUGAAGGAGAGGCGAAAGCGGAAAGAAUUUGAAGUAUUUGUUGGGGGCCUAGACAAGGAUGCUACUGAAGAUGAUCUGAGGAAGGUUUUCAGUGAAGUUGGGGUUGUGACUGAGGUCAGGCUGAUGAUGAAUCCUCAGACAAAAAAGAACAAGGGAUUUGCAUUCUUGCGGUUUGAAAAUGUGGAACAAGCAAAACGAGCUGUAGCAGAGCUUAAAAACCCAGUGAUUAAUGGAAAACAAUGUGGUGUUACUCCGAGUCAGGACAGUGAUACCCUCUAUUUGGGAAACAUAUGCAAAACAUGGACAAAGGAAGCUUUAAAGGAGAAGCUGAAGCAUUAUGGAGUUACAAAUGUUGAGGAUAUAACUUUGGUAGAAGAUUCUAAUGAUAAAGGAACAAACCGUGGAUUUGCAUUCUUGGAAUUUUCCUCCCGCUCAGAUGCAAUGGAUGCCUUUAAGAGACUGCAGAAGAGGGAUGUUACGUUUGGAGUUGAUAAGCCUGCAAAGGUUUCAUUUGCAGAUUCUUUUAUUGACCCGGGUGAUGAAAUUAUGUCACAGGUUAAAACUGUAUUUAUUGAUGCACUUCCUCCUUCAUGGGAUGAAGAUUAUGUCCGGAAUCUUCUCAAGAAAUAUGGUGAGGUUGAAAAGAUUGAGCUUGCAAGGAACAUGCCAGCUGCUCGUAGAAAGGACUAUGGAUUUGUUACCUUUGGCUCACACGAUGCUGCUAUAAGAUGUGCUGACAGCAUUACUGGUACAGAAUUGGGUGAAGGCGACAAAAAGGCCAAAGUGAGGGCUAGGUUAUCAAGGCCACUUCAGAGAGGCCGUGGAAAACAUGUUGGUCGUGGGGACUAUCGCCCGAGUCGCGGAUCUGCAAUAAUGUCAAGGCCUUCUUGGAGCAGCCGACCUGCUCCUCGUAGUUUCUCGUCGCGUGGGGUAAGAGGAAUUGGAAGUCGUGCUCCGCCAAUCAGGUCUAUUAGUGCUAGAGAUAGACGCCCUGUCAUGUCUAUACCAGUUAGAAGUAGGCCACUACCUCCUCCAGCUAGAUCUUAUGAUAGAAGACCAGCUGAUGCUGCAUAUUCAAAAAGCAGCGUGAAGAGAGAUUAUGGUCGGCGUGAUGAUCUACCACCUCCAAGAAGUAGAGUUGCUGUAGAUUAUGGAUCAAGGAUGACCUCUGAAAGACGCCCAACUUAUAGGGAUUAUCCACCUCGUGGAUCUGACUACUCUGAUCCCCCUAGAAGUACAGCUCGUGCUGCACCUAGGAGAGGUUAUGUGGAUGAUGGUUACAGCCAAAGGUAUGAGAGGCCACCUCCUCCUCCACCCCCUUCCCAUCCAAGUUAUCGCGAGGGACGCCCUCGUGAUUAUGAUUCUCUAUCUGGCUCAAAACGUUCUUACGCUGCCGUGGAUGAUGUUCCCCCAAGAUACGCCGAUACUGGUGCUCGCCAAUCAAGAGCUCGAUUGGAGUAUGACUAUGGUGGCAGUGCUUCACAGUAUGGUGAUGCUUAUGGUGAUAGAGUUGGAAGAUCUAGUCUUGGAUAUGGUAGUGGCAGCCGAAGUUCUAUUUCUGGUCAAGAUUCACAUGGGGUGUAUAGCAGUCGGCAGGGCAUGAGUUAUGGUGGAGGCUCUUAUGGCGGUAGUGAUGUUGGAGGCAUGUACUCAUCAAGUUAUGGCGGUGAUUACGUUUCUCGUGGAAAUGAUGUUGGCGGCAGCUCAUAUUCAUCUAUGUAUUCUGGCAGGGGUGCGGGUGGCGGUAGCAGUUACAUGGGAAGCGGUGGUUCAGGAUCUUAUUAUUGAGAGAUUUUGCUAUACUCGAAAUGGCAUCUCUUAUCUUUUCGCAAGGGCUGGCGAAGGUUGCACAUUGUGGUCACCAGUGAAUUUGUCUAUGAACAGAUCCAACAUAAUAAAUUGGCUGCAAUAGGAUGACGGCCUUUGAAGCUUAUGGAUGUUAUGAAGCUUACAAUUUGGAGACAAAAGAACGAUGCUAUUUAUAGCAUUAUAUUUGGGAACUUGUCGCAAAAAUUAGGUCAUGUCAAUUCAAGCUAUCUCUUCUCGGGUCUUCUCUGGGUGGGAUGUAUUAUCAGUUAUUGAAUUUGUGCUGUAUGGACUCAAGUUAGUGAGUGAUGGAAAAAGAAAUAUUUAGCAGUGAUGUGUAAUCAAACCUUGAUUUAUGAUACCAUUUGUGGGUGGAUAAUGUUAAAGACUUGUCACUGCUCCAAUACCCUUUCAUUUGGACAGAGACCAAGGCUAGAGAUGCUACUUGUUUGGUUAAGGAUUAAUGGAUUUUUUAUCUGCUGAAUGUAUCAAAAAGUUGGUUCUCUAUUUUAAGUCUUUAAAGAGAUGUUUAGUUACUUUGGAUUAUUUGUUUUUACAGUGCUGCAGUCAGGACAGAAGUGAACUAAUCAGUACUAUGUUUAACUAGUAGUAAUAAGAAUACUACUUCAGGAAUUAAUAAAAGUCAAAAGAUGAUUUUUUUGGGA